AUGUUAAGCAUCCAUCUAUAUUCUAAUAUCUGCUCAGUGAACUACCCUCUUCAAUCAGUAUAUGUGCACACGAAAAUGAUCCGAACAAUGUUCAGUUUAUGUAAGGAUUUCACGGUCAGUAAUACGCUUGCAGAACAGGUAACAUUGCAAUUUGUCCGUAGGUUUGUAAAUAUUGCUUUG